AUGAUCCACUUGGACAUUGAUGCAGCUCGAAAACGGUUCAAGGACCGCACUCUCAAUACACGCAAUAUUGACUUCUCCGACUCAAUCGCUAAAAGGCGAGGGAAAUCGUAUGGAAGUUCAAUGUACGUGCUAGAAGUCGUGGGUAAAGAUUAUAGCGAGCCUGAAACUACUGAGCAGAAAUUCAAUAGAAUAGCAUGCGAAAUCGAUGAGUUAGCACAACAGCUGCAGGUUUCACACGUUUUGAACAGUGUUCUUUUUUAUGCGUUAAAAAUACUUCAUGUUCAGGAGGACUCGGCUAAGACUACGCCUAUGGUGAAUGAAUCUUCGCUUGCUGCAUUAGCUGAAGAACUCAAGGGCGUGAAAGUAUCGAAGGUCUCUGGUGGUGCACCGGUUUCUAAGGAGAAGGAAACUCCAGCGAAAUCGGACAAGUCUGCCGACGGCAAGGUACAUACAAUGCUUACUUUUUUCAACCUCUUGUAUAUCGGACAUUUUUGA